UAUCCCAGCAUGCUUUGCCGUUUACUCAGAGGAAAAUGAAGUCGGCCAUAUUGUGGUAGCCAGCAGUAACUUUCUUUGAGAGAACAAGAGUAAGGAGCUUUUUAUCGAGUUUGCUCGAGAAGAGGACGCAAGGAGGGAGUUUAGCACCCAAACGAGGUGUUCUGAUACAGAAAUUAACGUGGACGAGGAGCCGAAAGGCGAUAACUAGGACGCCAUGAGCGGCGGGACGCCUUACAUUGGCAGCAAAAUCAGCCUGAUCUCCAAGGCCCAGAUCCGCUAUGAGGGAAUAUUAUACACAAUCGACACCGAAAACUCCACCGUCGCGCUCGCCAAAGUGAAAUCAUUCGGCACUGAAGACCGUCCUACAGACAGACCAGUGGCUCCUCGGGAUGAUGUCUUUGAAUACAUCAUUUUUAGAGGAAGUGACAUCAAAGAUCUAACUGUUUGUGAACCACCGAAGCCCAACAGCACCUUGCCACAAGACCCAGCCAUUGUACAGUCAUCUCUAGGCACUGCCCCAGCGCCAUCUUUCCAGCCUGUGGGUUCUUACGCAUCCUUCAGCCGACCUCCUGUGCGUGCCUACAGCCAGUUCUCCACUCCCCUUGUGCCCCAGCCCAUCGGUGCUCCUGUCACUGCAGGAAGUUCAGGGUCCGUGUUCGGUAGUGACACAAACGUAGCCACCCCUCUGUCCCAGAACGCUGUCCCCUCUGACUCUGUGUCUCUGAGCUCACAUGUAACUGAAGGACGCAAGAGCCCGUCUCUGGAUGCCCUGCAGAAGAGCCCGACCCUUGACGCUGCGGUGCAGCCUGCUCCUCUUGCGCCGCCUGCUGGAUCUGUGAGUCAGAAGAGUCCUGGAGGUGUCAGACCUCCUCCCGGCUGCCAGAAACAGCCUGCUGAGAGCCAGGAGCAAAGCAGGGCUGCUGAUGUAGAGAAGGUUGUUCGCCCAGAAACAGACUUGAGCAAGGCAGAGAAUCGGGAUGCCAGCAAACGUUCCCAAGGCACAGGUGCACCUGCAAUGCGAAGAGGAAGAGGAGGAACUGGCGGUAGUGGCAGUGGCACUGGAGGAAAUCAGCGCGGCCGGGGCCGAUUUAACAUGCGCAGAGACGGACCAAUGAAGUUUGAGAAGGAUUUUGACUUUGAGAGUGCCAACGCCCAGUUCAACAAAGAGGAGAUCGACCGCGAGUUCCAGAGCAAGCUCAAAAUUAAAGAAGAGAAGGCGGUGAACGGGGAAGAUAAGGGUGACUCGGGUGUGGAGACACAAACCAGCGAGGGCAACAUGGAGGAGGAGGACCCACUGGGACCCAACUGCUACUAUGACAAGUCCAAGUCCUUCUUCGACAACAUCUCCUGUGACGACUCCAGAAAAGAUAAACCUGGAGGUGGCAGGGAGCGGAGGCAGACCUGGGCAGAUGAAAGGAGGAUGAACGCUGAGACAUUUGGCCUCCCGUUGCGCAGAGGUCGUGGGGGUUUCCGGGGCAGAGGCGGCCCUAUGGGUUACCGUGGUGGUCGCGGGCGCGCGUCUUCACGUGGCUCUUUUGGCCCACCCCGAGGUGGAGCUGGAUACAGAGGAGGGUUCCGUUCGGGUCGGGGAGGAAGAGGAGACUUCUCUGAAUUUGAGUACCGGAAAGACAACAAGGUGGCAGCGUAGUUCACCGGAGGAACAGCUGCAGUGUCUCCUACAGGCUGGGGUUCUCUCCCUUCUCUCUCCUUCCCCUUUCUGUUCUGUCCUGAAUCCCUAAAUGCAGCACGCGACAACUGACCCGAGGCAGACUCCUUUCUGUCUUUGUUUCUUUUUUUCUUUUUUUUUUUUUGUUAGAAAAGUAAACAAAACAAAAAAGCUGAUCUUUCUUUGAUACAGAAACAGAGGACUUUGCAAAAAAAAAAAGAAGAAAAAGUGUAACUUUAGUGAAAUUACUUUUCAGUAUUUUUGCAUCAGCGUUUCAGUUCCUUUCUUACAGAACAAUAAUAAGGAUUGAAAUGUAUUUGAUAAUAUUCCUGUUGGUACACACGCACACACACACACACUGCCCGUUAAUACUGUGAGCUCCCAUCAGUUUUAAUAGCUUUAUUGUUCUUUUCUAUCCUGUAUUAUAGAAGUCUGUGUGUCCUUUAUGGUCCUGAUGAAAGCUUCACUCUUACUGCCUAAACCACGUUUGUUAGACCCGUGACUCUGCUGCGACUAACUACAGCAUGCGGAUGAUGCAUCUCUUUCUUUCCACUUUCUUUUGUAAGAUUCAUCCCACCAUUUUCCCAAGCUGCCCGGUCAGAUCUCAUAGACUCGGAUCUCAAACAAGGCUGUAAAGAUGUCUGUAUGGUGAAUGUAAUGAUGUUGAUGCAAAGCCAGCACUCAGUGGGUUUUUGGAAAUAUUAUUGUUAUUGUUUUCUUGUCUAAGGAAUUAUUACAGUGUGUCUUUUCAGUGCCAUUGUAGACAGGAAGUGUUCACAGUUCCCUGCUGGAAGAGACUGCCUAUUUUUUUUUUCUUUCUUUCUUCCCCUUUCUUUAUUUUGGGAAAACGGACACGACGGUGUAGAGCCGAGUGCAGUGGAUCUUGCCUUUCGAUGAUUAUGUAGAUGUCAUUUUGUCUGGCUCUUUGAUACUGUUUAAAUUUGUCGAGCCUUUACAUUUACAGCACAAAUAAUCACCAAUUUACUGUCGGGUUCUUCAGGGAUUGUACAGCCAGCGCACCCUUUAACAGUAAGAUCAGAUCACUUCAACAGGAAAAAAAAAUUCAUUUGCACUUUAGAGAUGAAUGAUAAGUCCGUGAUUUGAUUUUUUUUUUCCCUUCAAACUUUAAAUAUGAGCAGCUCUGCAUUUUUUAAGUCUUAAAAAGCUCAUAGACUCCACUAGAGGGAAAGUAAGGUAUGAAGUGAAGAACAGAUGUUGGUGACGUGAAGUUAAUGCUGGUGUUACAACAAAUCCAGCUGAUGGGUUUAGAGAGAUCACAGGUCUGCACUCAGUGGGGAAAAUUUUGUUUUAUGGUCAUGGAAAGGGUUUAAUUAGGAUUUAAAUUGUGAAGAAAUGAAUGCUGGACAUUGAAGAGUCCCUGCUUUAACAAAAAAAAAAAAGCUAUGUAGGUCUUGACAUUACCACUAACCUCUUCAACUUCAUGUUCAACAGAAGAUAAUAGAAAAUAAUCUCCACUGCAGCUUGGUAAUGAACCUGUCUGUUGCCUUUAAUUAUACAGUUAACUGGUUACCGAGAUCAGACGGACGUUACCUCAGGAGCCGAUAGAUCUGUUACAUAACUAGCCAGGUUCAGUAUCAAGCUGUGAAGGUUAAGGCUUAUUGUCUCACUAAAAGCAGUAUUUUAUAUGAAGCAGUAAUGUUAAGAAGAGGAAAGGAGUGAUGUCAAAGAUAAUGGUGAUGUCACAAUUGUAUGGUCUUGUGAUUGGAUGAUGUGCUUCACAGAUGGAUAAACAUGUGGUGUGUUCUCAGAAAGGGAAUGUGUGUGUAAUGUGUGUGAGGGUGAGUGAGUAACUUGUGCGUAAGGAGCACUGAUCUAGACUCGGUUGAAUUUAGGAUCCUCAGCCGUGCUUACGAACGAACGCCAGCUCUUCAGAUGCUUUAUUGCGUCGUAUUUAAUUUGUUAUUGUUUUUUUCCCCCCCCUGAAUGUUAAUGAAGCACUUUUUCGCUUCUCUGCCAGCAUUUAGGAGUUUGUACACAUUUUCUAAAAAUUGUUGGUUGUUUAUUUUCCAGAUGUGAAAGGUUUACGAUGAAAACUCAUUCGCGCUUUGUUCUUUCGUCUCGUAUCGAUAAGACGCUGUAAGGUCCGUGUUCCUGUUGUGGCUUGAGGUUACCUUUGUGGCUGUUGUGUACUUCCUGUAGGCGUCAUGCGAUGAAUCUUACCUACAUGUGGUAUAUUAUAUUGGUCUAUUGGUAGGCAGCUAGUUAUAAAAAGCCCUGCAGUUUCCGAAUGAGCCGUCUGAUUGGAUUAUUUGUUCAUGACUUGCAGCAGAGCAUGAUGGGAAAUGCCUUAAUGAGCCAGCAAAGUUGUCAUUAGUAUUUUGGGUUGUAUUGAGUGCUCUCUUGCCCGUGUAGUGCACUACACAGGCUGUGAUCUGAGGACUCAGAAAUCCUCUGAGUGUCAAAUCUGAGUGAGUGUGAGCGAGAGAGAGAGACCUGGACUGAUGCAAUAAUCACAUUAAUGCCCCUGCUGCCCCUCAUCUCCUCCUCCUGCUCAUAUGAGAGAUCGAGUGUACAGACAGUUUCAUUUUGUAAAGGUGAAUCAAUUGUUUUCUCUUCUAAAAAAUAAUUUGAUUGGCUAAUGUGUUUUUUCCUGUUUUGUUUGUACUUCCUGAAUAAAGCAAUUGUACAGCAUGGUGUACUUUUAGUGACCAGGUUGAAUUUUUAUUCAGAAAAGAGAAAUAAAUAGUUGUUCAAA